ACGGAUCACCAUUACGCACUGCACUAGAACCAGGAAGUCUCCAAACCGACCCCGGCUCUCACCUUUGUGGACGGUUUAUGAUUCUUAAUCAAAGCAGUCGGCUGAUCACAUCCAGAAGACACAACCUUAAAAGGCUCGAGUUUAUGGAUUUAUUAAUUUAGAAUCACAGACAAACAGGACUGAUCAGAACAGGUGGAUCUAAUGCGCGUCCUUCAGCUGCGUCAGGAGAAUAUUUCACCCAACGACAGACCUACUUAUGCCGAUAUUUUAAGACAUUUUACUCAUUCAUCUUAUGUUCUUCUGAAUACAAGUAAAACAAAAAAAAUGAGCGUCUAAGAAAACAUGUCAUAUCUGUCCGGUUUAAUGGAUUACAAGUCGAGACGCAGCUUCACGAGCUUUGUCGCCUGCUGCCUGGGAGCAGGGACCAUCUUUAUGAUCUAUUUUAACUAUGAAAGGGAUCCUGUGAGGUGGCCAGCUCCAGUCCAAGUUUUUAAAAUGGCCCCUUCAGCAGCAGCACCAGAAGAACCAAAAUGGGAGGACCCUGGUCCGUACCAUGUGGCCUAUCCUCGAAACUACAAAAUCAUAAUGGAUGACACGCAGGUAUGUAGGAGCAUAAACCCGUUUGUGAUCCUGGCGGUCCCGGUGGGGACGGGUAACGUGGCAGCUCGCAAUGACAUCCGGAGGACGUGGGGAGGUGAGACGCUGGUUCUGGGUAAGAUGGUCCGGACCCUCUUCUUCCUGGGUCUUCCUGGAGGAGAAGGAGCUGAGCAGCAGCAGGAGAAGCUCAGACAAGAGAACCAGCAACAUCAUGAUUUAAUCCAGAGUGACUUCAAGGACACUUAUCGCAAUCUGACCAUCAAGACUAUGAUGAUGCUGGAGUGGCUGGCAGCAAACUGUGACCAAGUUUCCUAUGUUAUGAAGAUCGACUCGGAUAUGUUGCUCCAUGUGAACAAUCUGAUUAAACUGUUGCUGGAUCCCAAGACAGCCAAAGAAAACUAUAUGACAGGUUUGGUGUGGUGGCAUAGCCCAGUUUUAAGAAACCCAUUCAAUAAGUUCUAUAUGCCCUGGAGCGUGAUAGCUGAGUCUGAAUACCCUCCGUACCCUCUGGGUAUGGGCUACAUCAUGUCCUUGGACCUUCCUAGGAAGAUCCUAGGAGUUUCACAUCAGAUUAAACCCAUCUACAUUGAAGACGCCUACCUCGGUAUGUGUCUAAAACGCUUGGGGAUUUCUCCAACAGACCCUCCUGAUAAGGAUAUGUUUCUUGUGGAUCCACGGCAUCCUCUUAGUGACUGCAGCCUCUCAAAAGUGGUCGCAACAACAACAACAAGCACUGCACAAAUGUUGAGUUAUUGGAGCAGAAGCCAACAGCCUGAUACCAAAUGUAAAUAAGCAAUCAUGUUCAUUUCAGAGUGCAUUUUCUUAUACUUUGUAGUGAAGGGGGUAAGGGCUGGGGCUGGCGAUGGGAAUUGAGAACCCAUUGGCUGAAUUUUUUUGGAAUCGUUAGUCUGUUUGCUUAAUGAUUCCACUUAUUAGUUCCACAAUGUCAUUACAUUAAAUUAGGGACGUAAACAAAUAAUCGACUAUCAAUUAAUUGUCAAUAAGAAUUUUCUCAAUUAAAUUAUUAAUUGUCAGUUAAUUGCCCUUUUCCACGGUGGGAUUUGUGGUGUUGACAGUAGGGGGUACCACUGCCCAAACUAGGCUUCAUCGCUGAAGUUAAAUAAUGGCAGAUGUGGCGGCGGUGGUUCUCUGCUGAAAUCUCGCUCCAUCAUGUCAGGUAGUGAUGCAAAGUCAGAAAUGCCCAGUUCUUCUAAACUGCCCCUCUUCAGAUCCAUUUAUUUUCUUGAAUUUCUCUGCAGAUUUUCUUUAGUUCUACUCCAUAAAUGUCAUCGCCUGUACUGUAUCCAAUGGUACAAUAAAUCAGUCAUUAGGGAAUAUGACAUGCUUUUUUCAUGAAGUACAGAAACAAUAUUUGGCUUUUAUUCUUAAAGACCCUAUCGAAAGAGAAAUUUAGGCACUCAGGAAAAUCGCUGCUUAUUAAUUAAUCAUUAAUCAAUCGAUAAGGUCAGCCAACUAAUGAUUAAUGGAUUAAUCAAUAAUUUGCAUCCCUGCAUCAAAUGAAUACAUCAUUAGGUCAUUUCCAUAUUUUGGUUCAGAAAUCUCUAAAGUAUGGUUGUAUUUCACCAGCAGAGACGAAACUAGGAUCAUUUACAACAGUUCCAGAGCUUCCAUUACAACAAAGGAUAAAAAAACGUAAACAUGUAGAAAUAUUUAACCACAGCAUCCAAUUAAACUUAGCGAAGGGGGUGGUGACUCUGGAAGCGGAGCCUACAGAAAGGCGUCCUCUGCCGCAGCCGCUAACAUUAAACUGCUCCAGGUUCUUUUUUUUUAUUUUUAUUUUUUUAUUAUUAUUAUUAUUGCAAAAAAUACAAUUUCUCAUAGAGACAACAGGAAAUGGCAAGGCACUGCAUACAGUACAUGAACACUUACAAAAAAACUCAAGAUAUUGCCAUAAUAAUGCAAUAUUUAUUCAGGAGACUAUUUUUAGUUUGUUUUUAAGACAGUUUAAGUUUGGCUGUUGUUUUUUCCAUUUGUUUUUGUGUAUGUGGCAUUUACCCAUAAUGAAAAUGAUGUUAAUCAAAAGUGAUGUAUCUCUGUUCAGAUUAUUUUUACAUAACACGAUAUUUUUUAUAUAUAUAUAUAUAUAUAUAUAUAUAUAUAUAUAUAUAUAUAUACAUCUGCUGAAUCCACAAAACAAAAGAAAAUGAGUUGUGUUCUUGACAGCUUCAGUACCUAAGUUUCAGAAAACAGGUUUAACAGACUCAAUGAGGAUGAUCAGGCUAGGAGACAGUGAGCCUGUUUACGUGACCAUAACAAUCUGAUAACUGGGAAUAAUCCGACAGUUGCCGUAAUCAGAUAUGACGUGUUUACAUGCACUUCAGAAAUGCAAUAAUGGAAAAACCUUGGUUUAGAUGUUUCAGUCCAUUAUUUGAUUUCUUUCGGAGUACCUACAUACAUCAUGAAAUAAGACGUACACUUCCUGUCAUUU